UAAAUUUUCGCAAAAUUAUUGUUGACCAUCAUAUUCCACACCAAGCCGGGGCGACUGAACUAUCACUAUGAGCUAAGUUGAUUAUUCGGUCCGAAUGAAAAAAUAUAUAAUUUUUUCGUGAGCCCGACCGAAGAUUCGUCAAUGCGUCAGUCACGAUCGGACCGCUCAGGCGUCAACAUCUCAAGACGGCCAGUCCUCGACGCGUACCCGAGUUGUGCACAACCCAUAGUACAAAAAUUAACGUACAAAUUUUUUUUGUCCUUACAGUAGUGAGGUGAUCGGAUCAGUUGGUUUAUUUACUGAAAAUAGUGACGGUGCCUUGUACAGUGCAACAGUGAACAGGAUGUUUCUAUAUGGAACGUGGUGAUAAACGACUUAUAAAUCUAAAUUUAAUGCAUUAGCGCUCAACAUUGUUUUUUUUUCGUUUUGUGACAAAAAGUAUACGGGAACAAGUGAAUUAAAACAAUAAUUUGUUUAAAAAAUUUGAGUAAAAAAUACAGUGCCUUAAAUAGAUUUUAAGACGCAAAAGGGACAACAAAACAAAAUCACGGAGACAAAAUGCCAAGGAACUUGUUGCUGUUCAAAAAGUUAAUUCCUGAAAUAAAUUUCGCGAAAAGAAAUCUCACGUCACCACUCGGCCUCAAUAUAUUUAUCAGUUAAUAAAAAAAAAACAACAACAACUGGUGCUUAAAAUCAACAAAGUUGACGACAAAGUCCGGAGUGCCAUAAAAUUUUUUCGAAAAAUUCUUAUGGUGUCAAAACAUAGAAUAUAAUUUGCCUUAACCCGACAAAGUCGAAAGAAACAAGUUUUUACAAAGAGUUUAAAGAAAAAAAAAACAAUAAACCAAACAGUGAUAGUAGUAAUAGCGAUGCGAAUUCAAUUUGCACACAAAUCGGAAAAUCAUUUGUCAAAAAUAACUUAAGAAGAGAAGAAAAAUUUCGGCAAGAAAUCCUUACUUUGAAAUGAUGAACAACAACCAGUUUCACGAGUUGUUCGGGUCUCAGUGGCCACCUGACCAGCACGGUGGUCACUCGUCGGCUUCGACGAUGCUGCACCAGCCAUCGCAGAUACCUCAGGUGCAGUUGAAGAGGGAACCCCAUCCCGACGUUCCAGGCAUGCACAACCAAAUGGGAAUGGAUAUAUCAGGAUCUGUAGCUGACAGUACUUCACCUCCUCCCGGCAACAGCGAGGGAAUGUUUGGAUCUUCCAUAUCUGGCAUGUUCAUGGACAAGAAAGCUGCUAACUCUAUUAGAGCUCAAAUCGAGAUCAUACCAUGCAAGGUAUGCGGAGACAAGUCGUCGGGGGUGCACUAUGGCGUCAUCACUUGCGAAGGAUGCAAGGGCUUCUUCAGAAGAUCCCAGAGCACAGUGGUGAAUUAUCAGUGCCCGCGCAACAAGGCCUGCGUGGUCGACCGCGUGAACCGUAACCGCUGCCAAUACUGCCGCCUGCAGAAGUGCCUCAAGCUCGGCAUGAGUCGCGAUGCUGUGAAAUUCGGUCGCAUGUCAAAGAAACAACGUGAGAAAGUAGAGGACGAGGUUCGGUUCCAUCGUGCACAGAUGCGCGCGCAGACCGAUGCCGCGCCCGACUCAGUGUACGACGCCCAGCAGCAAACCCCCAGCUCCAGCGAUCAAUUCCACGGUCAUUACAACGGCUAUCCUGGCUACAGUUCACCGUUGUCGUCAUACGGAUACAGCGGCGCGGGGCCGGCACUCACCUCCAAUAUGAAUAUACCGCCGCAGCAGCAACAGCCGCAGCCCUACGACGUAUCGGCUGACUACGUCGACUCCACCACCACGUACGAACCCAAACAGACUGGCGGAUUCUUGGAUACAGACUUCAUUGGGGGACAUGACGAACAACAAAAAAGUUCGACAAUCGUUCGACCGAGCGGCUCGACAUCGACCACAACUGUCACCACUCCGACCACGUCUAUGCGACAGACCACAAUGAACGAUAUGAAUCGAACUCGGAUACAGCAGGACUUUGAUCGAUACGAGCAAGAACGAAUCCAGUCACCUGUAUCCAUAUCGUCAGGAGUGAUCAACAUAAAGCAGGAAAUUAAACCCGAAACAUCAAUGGGCGUUGAUAAUCUAGUUGCGAGCUAUGUUGAUUCAACGACUUUUCUACACAGUCCUUCAAAUAUAAGACAUAGUCCUAUGGACAUACAAAACACUGUUCUCGUUAGUGGUCAGAGUUCAGUUUCUUUAACCAGUGAGGAACUAAGUCCGGACGAUUUAACGUCCAGUAGUGGCCACGGACGGCUAAUGGAUCCGUUGAACAUGAAUAUGUCUGGAAUGGGUAUGGUGAAUCCAAAUGCAGUGACGAACCGACGACAUCCAGGGUCGAGUCAGAGUGGAUCGAGUGGAGACGAUUUGCCUUCUGAGGGCGACAUCAGCAAGGUGCUAGUGAAGAGUCUGGCCGAGGCGCACGCUAACACAAAUCCAAAACUCGAGUACAUACACGAGAUGUUCCGGAAACCACCAGACGUCUCCAAGCUUUUAUUCUACAAUUCGAUGACGUACGAGGAGAUGUGGCUGGACUGUGCGGACAAACUGACCGGAAUGAUACAGAACAUCAUUGAGUUCGCCAAACUCAUACCCGGAUUCAUGAAGCUCACGCAGGACGAUCAGAUAUUACUGCUCAAGUCUGGCUCGUUUGAACUUGCCAUAGUGCGUCUGUCGCGGCUGAUCGACGUGAACCGCGAACAAGUGCUUUACGGAGAUGUGGUGCUGCCCAUACGGGAGUGCGUACACGCUCGUGACCCUCGGGAUAUGGCGCUGGUUGUUGGCAUCUUCGACGCGGCGAAGACAAUCGCACGACUUAAACUGACUGAGACAGAACUAGCGCUGUACCAGAGCCUUGUGCUUCUCUGGCCAGAACGGCACGGUGUGCGCGGCAACCCUGAGAUCCAGUGCCUAUUCAACAUGUCGAUGGCGGCCAUGCGGCAUGAGAUAGAGACUAACCACGCGCCGCUCAAGGGCGACGUCACCGUGCUCGACACGCUGCUUACUAAGAUACCCACCUUCAGAGAGCUCUCGCUGAUGCACCUGGAGGCGCUCUGCCGCUUCAAGGCGGCGCAUCCGCAGCACAUGUUCCCGGCACUGUACAAGGAGCUGUUCUCUCUGGACAGCGUGCUCGACUACACACACGGUUAGGCGACAGGUGACUGGCUCGCGACAUGUGACAGGAUCACGACAGGCUCGCGACAGGUUCGAUCUCAUUUUUGCCUACGGAUGCGGCGUUCAGACGGCAGUGAGGCAGCAGUGAGGCGGGCCCGGAAUUCAACUUAUCAAGACUCGACAGCUACGUUUCGUUUAGUCUCCCCCCCCUCCUUAGCCGGAACUGAAGACAUCCGCACGUCGUUUGUUAACCUAUUUAUAAUUGUAUGUAUGUACUUUGAGACUGUUAUAAUAUAAUAUUUACGUAUAGGUACGUACGUACAAUAUUAAUAUUUAAAUGUUUAUUUAAUUCGAUUCUAGGGACGAGCGAGUGUCUUCAGCUUACAUUUACAUUUAUUAUGAGAACGUAUCGAUUAUUUAUGGGUUUAAAUGUUCGCGAGACUAUGAGUAAAGUUACGGGAACGCGCGGAACAUGAGAGUAUGCCUUUUGUAUUCUGCAAUAUGUAAUAUAACAUAAUAAGCUGUAUUGUAUUACACAUUGUAUAGACAGGGCGGAAUAUUAUUAUCGUAAAGUGUAUCUAACUUUGAAUGAAGAAAUAAUAAUUAUAUAUAAAGAUAUAAUAAAUAGAAAUAGAGUUUUUAUUA